AUGCUGGGCUGCUGGGCCAUUUGCUGUGAGCUGUCCGAGAGCCAUGGAGGACGUUCCGGUCAACCCGGUCAACCCGGUCAAUCAGGUCAGUGGUUCUCGCGAAACUCGUUGCAAAACCUUCAUGAAGCAAAUGGCUGGAGAUGUUUUCGGUGAAGCCUUUCUGGAUUUGUACUGGCCAGUGAAUCUCUUGCACUGUGCGAUCUACAUUUGCUUUGGGGUGUCCCUCUCCUACUCCUUCCUUUGGUUUUCGAGGUUCGCUCAGGCGCAAUGUGGCAAGUAUCGCAUUUUUGGAGGUUCCACUGCAAACUGCACUUUCGAAGUGGUGGGCUUCCUGGUCUAUGUGUGGAUGACAUGUCUGUCAGUGAAGCUUAUUUGGUACUACGACGAUGUGAAUGGACAGAGAUACAGGCAACUCAAAGCGUCCUUCUCCAAGUCUGUUGUUGGCCUGCUGGAUACAUUGAAGAGUGCAAAAAAUUCUAUCGAUUUGCUACAGGAUACAAUGCAGCUUGUUCAAAACAAUGCAAAGCCAGCUCAGGUUCAACUGGCUGUGAACAUGCUACGCCAAUGUAUGAAAAGGAACAUUGAGCUUCCGAGGGAAGCAAUUGUGCAGUAUCUUUCUAGCUUCUAUCCCGUACUGCCAGCCGCAAGUGAAGACGUCAAAAAAUGGCUUCGAAAUAUGUUGGAGAAAUUGAAUGAUGAAAAUGUUGCCAAGCCCAUCUCGGAGAAUAUCAUUGAAAGCUGGAAGAACUAUCAUAAAUCCAAAAGCGACUCUUUCAAUGACUGCCAGAGGGGAAGCUGGCUGUGGAUCGAAAUCGCAUCCAGUCUGGAGGACGCAAAGACAUUGGGAAACACCCAGGAGAUGAAGAGCAUGCGGCUCUAUGUCCAGAAAGCAAACGCACCACUGGAUGAAAUUGUUUUGGAUGCUGAGUACUACAGAGACCAUCUACCGGAAUUGCAGGAAUUUCUCGCCAGCAAGUGGGCAGAGCAUUCCAAAGACUUAGGACCAGCCGAUCAUGGAAGGGACAUGCCUGCCCUAUCAUUUUAUGCCCUCCUCUCCAACCGGGCAUCAGUCGAUGUGAACUUCUCACCCUUGCCACAGUGUACCUUUGAGUUUCCCCGGUGCUGCUGUCCAAGCAUUUGCUAUUGCUUCCUCCGAUGCUGGGAUUCUCUGAGAUGUGCCUACCACAGGAACGAUCAAUUGCCCCUGCUGGACAUCAGUCCCGACUACGAGAACCGCAGGUGCUCUUUGGUGUGUUGCUCAAUUGAUUUGGUAUCUCAGCUGCAGGAACAAUUGCUGACUACCCUUGGAUUUGCCUCAAUCUUCUGCCUCUUCAAUUUGGGCAACGUGGUCGUGGGGGUCUUGGAUGGAUGUGAAGCAGGUUCCCCUCUUCCCUGCGGUCUAAUGUUGAUUCAGAGAACCGUUGGUGUUCUUUGCACAUGCAUCUUCAUUGCAUCAACGAUCUUCUGCCUGCAGACGGACAACUUCAAACGUCUGGAGCCACUGGUCACCAUGUUUGAGAUGACUGCCGGACUGGAGAAGCUGGCACGGCAAGCUCAAGGUUUCAAGGAUGGCUUGGGAAGUAUGGACGAGCUUUGCAGGAAGGUUCGAACUUCUGAGGAAACCAAAAAGCACACUUCAGAGUCCAUCACAAGCUUUUCUGAUAGUGAGAGCCGUGGAAGCAUAGAGGAGAUGGAAAAGGAUGUCCAAGGCUUUUUGAAAGCAAUGAGACCCGUGGGUGUUGUACAGUGAGAACGUUUCAGGUGGCGGGUGGAAGUGGCGAGUCAAAUAGCAAGUUGCUUAGCAAACUCUUAGCAAACUUCGUACAGAGCUGAGGCGAUGCCACUUGGAAAA